GUGCACGUAGGCGUGGUACUUCUUUGUCGACAGAUGCUGCUAGACAUUGGCUUGUUUGCCAAUGAUGUACCAACAGCCGUCGUUGUCUCCGAACUGGUUUAUUUUUAUGGCAUGCCAUAGACAAGGAAAACAAGAUGGACGGCGAACGCGACGGAGUGAGUGAAAAUGUGUAGUGGUGAUACAAGGGACAAAAUCACAGUGCCAGAGGAAUAAAUCGACUGGACUAUCUAUGCGCACCAUAGCCAUAGAUCAUUCCAUUGUACAAAAGAGGGAGUGUACACAUAUUAUAUAUCUCUGGUAUAUUAUAACCUGACCUUCUUUCUCUCUCGCUCUAUGUACACACUCCGGGGACAAUGGCUCGCAGAAUGUGCGGUGUUUGGUCUCCAUUAAUAUCGGAUCGACUGGUGGAUGGUUACUGCAGGCCCACCUCUCUUGUAUCUCUUUUUUAUGGAGCCAUAUGUCUUCCGUGCUCUGCGUCCCAGUGCUGCUGCCGCUCAUUUGUCAGCUCGCAAUCUGCCACUCUUGCGAUUUGAUGCCACCAGUCAAAACACACUGAACAUCCCUUUAAUGCCUGAUACAGAAGUUCAGCGUGAUUCACGUUAGCGAUGUGAAAGGCAAACGCUUACCCGUUACAUUGUACUAAGACCAUAAAGGAGACCGUAAAAUGAUAAGCUUUAAUGCGUCUAAUGAUAGAGAGUUACGUGAGCACCUAGCGUUCCUCUGGAUUACAACAUCAUUUCAUCCUGUAACUACGUUCACGCAACGUCAUGAGUAAUCUUGUUACUGUGUUGCGUAAUCCAUAUCCGAUACCGGAUAUAUCACGAGAAGGAAUCUGGGUAUCCCAUGGACCAGUGCUGGGUGAAAAUGUCUCGGUAAACGACAGAAGAUGGUACGCGAGAUUGAAACCCCACGAACGUCUCUUUGCUCAUCACACGUUGAACAGCAUCCGAAAGGAUCAUCGUCUCAUCAGACCAAAGGUACCGCAGGAUUCACUUGAUCUGGCACUGUCCUCCAUUUACAAGCACGAUGCCGAUACUCUUGUGCCAAAGACGUACGUGCCGAUGCAGCCAGAAACAUUGGGAAAGGAAACGUGGCGAGUGCUACGUAAUCAAAUCAAAACAUACUCGAAGCCACCGUCUCUACUGGGACAUCCCGUUAAAUAUGCUAGACCGUAUCAGACUGAGGACGUUGCGAGCAACGUGCGAAAGGGUAUCAUACAGAGGAUACAUCCGAGCAGUGUGAAACUGGCGAUCGAAGGUCCUCAUACGGAUCAAACGAAUCCCGGAUACAGCCGGAAGGUCGAUGGAACUUUCUACAGCAUCUAACUUCCGGAAGUUGAUCAGACACGUACAACCUGACGUGUGAUACGAGAUGAGCCGCGGGAUAGAGAACGUGACAAUAAUCCUGUUACACGAGGAGCACGAUACGUCUGGUGUAUUUGUACAUGGGAAUUUGGUAGAGAAAUCUGAGAACCCACUGAUACCUCUUUGAGAAGUAGUUUGAUAAACUUUUGAAAAUCAAGUAAUAAUUAAAUGGUCCUAUAUGGGCGAUUCAGGAAUAAUGCUAUUCAGUUGAUCUAAGAUAUAUAAAAAUUUCUAUUGGCUAGUAUCGUAGUAGCGUUUGUGAUUUGGUAUAUACGAUAGAAACAAUAUAAAUCUGUCUCCUGGUAAAAUGCUAUUACGAUUGUCAGUUGGUAGUCUGCGCAGUUGGAAAGUGAGUCAGUGCCGAGAUGUUCAGUGCUCAGUGCUCAGCGAAGGGGCAGAAUGUCCCAUUACCCGGUAAUCCUUGUUUGUAAUAAAGCAGCACCCCGCUGCCUACACCCCUGUGGACCUAUUUCACCCGCAUAUGCUCCUCAUGGAAUAUCAUUUAUGUCUCACCUCCCCUAUGGGUUCCUUGCCCCGUUUAACCCCAAACCACCCUUCAGUCGUCAGCCUAUCUUUAUACAUAGGUGGGCCACCUAAUCCAACCAUGAUUGCGCGUG